AUGUCCACAGCAUUGACUCUGAGAGUUCGAAUGCCGUGCCCUGGGCUUCUGAUGGACGGAGCUCCCAGCACUCCCACUCCAAACUCGCUCUCCCCACUGCAUACUUUCGGCACAGAGUUUGAAAUACUGGGCGUUUUCCCCCCAAGAUUUCCAUGGGGGCAAGUGACCAUACCCCCAAGUCCACAUAAGAUCACACGUACAUCAUCGCUGAACCUUGCCAACGUCUUGACAGACAUAUCGGAAGAGCGCCCUCAGCCCACAGCCCCACGGAUGAAUCCGGCGGCUCUCCCCUCACCUGUAGAGACCUCUGAUCAUAGUCCACGCAUCCCGGAUGAUGUAGCAGAUUCUAGCAUCAGCCAAAUGGUUACAGGGGAGUACAACAGUUCUCAUCCCCUAGAAGCUGAUAAUAAGAAGUCGGCAAGCUGA